GCCCCCCGCGCAGUCCGCGAGCGGAGCAGACGAGGCCGCGAGUGUGGACUCGUCGGCUCCCUCUCCCCCCCGCCAGGCCUUGCUUGGUCCGCGCAGGCUUCUCUCCCCGCCGGGGCGGGUCCGCUUUGCGGCUUUUCUCAGCGUUCGAAGGUUUCCUGAGGACGUCCGGGGCCGCCUUGGGCCAGAAGAGUGGUGGCCUCGGACAACGCCGGCCCCCCACCAGCCACCCGCAGCGGCCUGAGAGCGCCGUCGCGCCCCGAGCCUCGCACCCGGGAACGGGCGGGGCCUGCACACCCGGCCCCACCCACUCGGCGCCUCGCUUCCCUGGAACCUGACCCGGGGUGUCUGACACACCCCCUCCUGAAGGGUUGUCCGACCCCGCCCUUCAGUCCUGGGUCCCCUUGAUUUUCUCCCAGCCUUCUAGCCUCGCCGUUUCCGACCUUGCACUAAAAGAUGCACCCUGGGAAACCACAUCGCGGGGACACGUCCUGUUUGGAGAAGAGGCCCAGUUUGGGGACCUCAGGGUACAUGUUCACAUUUUCAAGGGUCUAGGAUAGAUUUAACUAAUCAGCCUAGUGUACCCUGUGCCUGCUGCUGCCUUCACUUCCCUGCCUUCCCACACUUCCAGAACCAUUAGCAGGGAGUUCUCGAGGUUUGGUUUGAGUCUCCUUUGAGCUCGACGUGAGGCUGACCCCUGGCUUAGAGCAUGGCUGCAUCCCUGGACCCUCAGAUCCACGCAUCUCUGGAAGCUGAGGGAUGCCUAAUCAUGAAGGUGGAAAAAGAGCCCGAGUGGGCAUCGGAGCCCAUUCUGGAAGGCUCGGACGGCUCUGAGUGUGAGACCUUUCGCAAAUGCUUCAGGCAAUUCUGUUAUGAUGAUGUGACUGGACCCCAUGAAGCUUUCAGUAAACUCUGGGAACUUUGCUGCCGGUGGCUGAAGCCAGAAAUGCGUUCCAAGGAGCAGAUCCUGGAGCUGCUCGUGAUUGAGCAGUUUCUCACCAUUUUACCCGAGAAGAUUCAGGCGUGGGCACAGAAGCAGUGUCCGGAAAGUGGAGAGGAGGCUGUGGCCCUGGUAAUACAUUUGGAGAAAGAGAAUAGAAGACUAAGACAACAGGUUGGUAGUCCUGUGCACUCAGAGAAGCAAGUCCCAGUUGGAGCAGCGUGGGAGGUGGCAGACUUUGAGCCAGAGCAGGUGGAGACCCAACCCAGGCUGAUGUCUCGGGAGGAAGUUGAACACCUUCACUCAGGACACCAGGAGCCGCUGAACCAAAAGAGAGAACUUCGGCCUUUACCCAAGAAUGCUCAGCCUUCUCCCUGGGUUCCUGCUCCUGCUGAUGAUUGGAACACCAUGGCUCAGGAAGUAACAGCUACACAACUUCCUGUUGGGUCCCAGAGACCAGGGAAAGAUAUCCACAUGGCAAGAGGUUUUCCCUACAAAAAGAGUGUGCAUCAGAUUCCUGCUCACAGAGACCUCUGCGGGGAUAUUAGAAAGGAGAGUGUUGGGAACAUGGUCUCCCUGGGAAGUACAGUGACAACAUCUAACAAGAUCCCCCGGGUGGAGCAAAGAAAGGAGCCAUGGACUAUAGGUCUGCAUUCCUCUAGUAAGAGGAAUAUCCUACGAAACAGCUACAUCAAGGAAAAUCCAGUUCCUGCUCUUCAGAUCCCUGCAAGGAAUGCAGGGAAAACCUGGAGAGAACAGAAGCAGUGGGGUUUGGAAGAUGAAAAAAUAGCAGGUGUGCAUUGGAGUUACGAGGAAACGAAGACUUUUCUUGCCAUCCUCAAAGAGUCUCGCUUUUACGAAACCCUUCAGGCCUGUCCCCGAAACAGCCAGGUAUAUGGUGCUGUAGCGGAAUGGUUGCGAGAAUGUGGCUUCCUCCGAACGCCAGAACAGUGUCGGACCAAGUUCAAGAGUCUCCAGAAGAGCUAUCGAAAAGUGAGAAAUGGCCACGUGCUAGAACCCUGUGCCUUCUUUGAAGACAUGGACGCUCUCUUGAACCCCACAGCUCAUGCUUCAUCCACGGAUAAGCCAAAGGAGAUUCUCUCUCUCCCCAGACUAAAGAGGAUCAGUAUCAGUGCUAAAGAACGGAUCAACCUGGUGGAGGAAGAAGAUGCUGCAGAAGAAUCUGAUGGGGAUGAGAUGGGCAUUGAGUUUAUCCGGAAGUCUGAGCUUCAUGGUGCUCCUGUCUUAUUUCAGAACCUGAGUGGUGUGCACUGGGGCUAUGAGGAAACCAAGACUUUUCUUGAGAUCCUCCGUGAGACUCGGUUUUAUGAAGCGCUGCAAGCCUGUCAUCGAAAGAGCAAGUUGUACGGGGCCGUGGCCGAACAGCUGCGAGAGUGUGGCUUCCUCCGGACGCCGGAACAGUGCCGGACCAAGUUCAAAAGCCUUCAGAAGAGUUACCGCAAAGUGAAAAACGGUCAUGUGUUGGAGUCCUGCGCCUUCUACAAGGAGAUGGACGCCCUGAUUAACUCUCGGGUGUCUGCCCCUCCCGCUGGCACCCCAGAAGAAGUCCCAUCACCCUCAUUUCAAGAGAGAGAGGACAUUGAGAUUGAACCCCAGGAACCUGUGGGCUGGGAACCUGAAGAGGCCUCACAGGAGGCAGUAGUUGAAGAUUCCGGCAGCGAGAGAAUGAGUGAGGAGGAAAUUGUACAAGAGCCAGAGUUCCUGGGACCUCCAGGGCUGCUGCAAAGCCCGCGUGAUUUUGAAAUUGGAAGUAGUUUCAAGGAAGAUGCAACACAGGUAAUCUAUAAGGACCUGGAACAGCACAGGGCAUUAAUAGAAAAGGCCAAAAGGGUUGUUUCCCAGAAUGCUGAUCCAGGCAAACAUCACAAAAGAGAAUGCAUCUCAGGAAGACAGUGGGAAAACCUUCAAGGAAUCAGACAGGGAAAACCGAUGGCUCAGCCUAGAGACUUGGGGAAAGCUGUAGUGCAUCAGAGGCCUUUCCUGGGGAAGAGGCCCUACCGGCUUCUCAGGUACGGAGAAGGCUUCGGGCGGAGUGCCCGCCUUCUGUGCCGGAUGCCCCACCAGAAGGAAAACCCUUACAAGUGUAGCAUCUGUGGGAAGUGCUUUGGUAGGAGCAGGAGUCUAAUCAGACACCAAAGAAUCCACACAGGAGAAAAACCUUUUAAGUGUCUCGACUGUGGGAAAAGCUUUAACGACUCCUCCAACUUCGGCGCCCACCAGAGAAUCCACACGGGAGAGAAACCCUACAGAUGCGGCGAGUGCGGGAAAUGCUUUAGUCAGAGCUCGAGUCUCAUUAUUCAUCAGAGAACCCACACUGGAGAGAAGCCCUAUCAGUGCGGGGAGUGUGGGAAAAGCUUUACCAACAGUUCUCAUUUCAGCGCCCACCGGAGAGUCCACACCGGCGAGAAUCCCUACAAGUGUGCGGACUGCGAAAAAAGCUUCAAUAACUGCACAAGAUUUCGAGAACAUCGGCGGAUACACACCGGUGAGAAGCCCUACGGAUGCGCCCAGUGUGGCAAACGUUUCAGCAAGAGUUCUGUUCUCGCCAAACACCGGGAGGUUCACACCAGAGAGAAGCUCCUGCCCCACCCUCCAGCUCUGUAUUCCCCCGAGAACCCACAGAAGGGAAAGACUGACCAGUUCAGGACAAGUUUUUGAUGAUGAGCCCUUCCCACACGUCCCUUUAGCUGCUCUACCCUCAUCCCACUCUGGGAAGCAAUCUUUUCUUAGCUCUAAAGUGUGAGUAAGCUUGCGAGUAUAAAUAAAGACUUGGAUCCUGUUCUCA